AUGUCGACGUCUCUUCCAGUGCGUAGCCACCCAGCGUCCGCGGAGAGCUCUUACUCUCGCGGAGAAGUCAUUGCUGCCAUCCAAGACUUCUACGAAUUGUUGAUCAAGCUACCCUACAUAGAGCCAAACGCUCUCGUCUUGCCACCUUCGGAAGGCUGGUCAGGCGUGAACGCGCAGAAGCUACGAGAUAGAGGGAAGACAGAAGAAGUGAUUGAACUACUUCGGUAUUUACCUUAUCUGCGCGCCCCCGCGCCUGGGAAGAGAUGGAUGAUUGGGCCCGACACUAUCAUGAUCGCCUAUUGCGACGGCGAGGUUUACGAUGAAAUCAAUGAUUCUCUUCAGCCGGUUCCGGGCCAUUGUAUUUGGCUCACGGAUUACGAAUCCCGGGACGGUACCAGUCUUCUGUUCGAUACUCAUACAGAUACUAUCACCGAAUGGACGAGUUUGGGACAUCAUAUUAUGAUUGAUUACGAAGAAUAUGAGAAUAUUCCCACGCAGGACAAGUGGAUGGCGCACCCGACCAUGCCCGCGGCCGCUUUCUUCCGCCUCUGGAAGCAAAAUUUCGAGAAGCUGGUCUGGAUGGCCUUCUACAAUCCCCGGGGGUCGGCAGGUACUGCGCAAUGGUGUAUUUCCUCUGCGACGCUUCAGGAAGAAGAAGAAGAUAGGCUGGCAUCAGAUGAUGACUUCGAGCCAGAUGCAGAUGAGCAAGGAGACGACGAGGAGGGUGGAAGCGAACCGGACGGUGAAGAUGACAUGGAUGAUGAGGACGGACUGAUCCCAGAUGAGGAGUUGGACGAGUUAAUGGAGGAUGCCUACGGCGAAGAAGCUCCCCAGAGGCGGAUAGACCUGCAGUCCGAGAAGAACACUGCUGAGUACAAGCCGGUGGAUCUUCCGCCUCCAGAGCUUGCAGAGCCCGCAGAUCAACGCCUGCUUCACAUCAUGAUCAGAGAGCGGAAGACCAAAGAAGUCUACGAAAUUUACACACGGAAUGGUUGGCCUUCGAAUUUUGACCGGGAGAACUGCAAAGUUAUGCUCGCCGAUUUCUGUGAACGCGAAGAAGGUCCAAUAAACCGGUUGCGUUAG